AUGUACAUCAACAAACACAAGCCGUGGAUUGAGACAUCGUAUCAUGGAGUUAUAACUGAGAACAAUGACACCGUCAUUUUGGACCCGCCUCUGGUGGCCCUGGAUAAAGAUGCACCGGUUCCUUUUGCAGGAGAAAUCUGUGCAUUCAAGAUCCAUGGCCAGGAGCUUCCUUUUGAGGCCGUGGUGCUCAACAAGACAUCUGGGGAGGGUCGGCUCCGUGCCAAGAGUCCCAUCGACUGUGAGUUGCAGAAGGAGUAUACAUUCAUCAUCCAGGCCUAUGACUGUGGUGCAGGGCCCCGGGAGACAGCCUGGAAGAAGUCACACAAGGCCGUGGUCCAUAUCCAGGUGAAGGAUGUCAAUGAGUUUGCUCCCACCUUCAAAGAGCCAGCCUACAAGGCCAUUGUAACAGAGGGCAAGAUCUAUGACAGCAUUCUGCAGGUGGAGGCCAUUGACGAGGACUGCUCCCCCCAGUACAGCCAGAUUUGCAACUAUGAAAUCGUCACAACAGAUGUGCCUUUUGCCAUUGACAGAAAUGGCAACAUCAGGAACACAGAGAAGCUGAACUAUGACAAGCAACGCCAGUAUGAGAUCCUGGUGACAGCCUACGACUGUGGACAAAAGCCUGCUGCUCAGGACACCCUGGUGCAGGUGGACGUGAAGCCAGUUUGCAAGCCUGGCUGGCAAGACUGGACCAAAAGGAUUGAGUACCAGCCUGGCUCUGGGAGCAUGCCCCUGUUCCCCAGCAUCCAGCUGCAGACGUGCGAUGGCGCUGUGUCCUCCCUCCAGGUCACUGCAGAGCUGCAGACCAAUUACAUCGGCAAGGGCUGUGACCGGGAGACCUACUCUGAGAAAUCCCUUCAGAAGUUAUGUGGAGCCUCCUCUGGCAUCAUUGACCUCUUGCCAUCCCCCAGUGCAGCCACCAAUUGGACUUCAGGACUUCUAGUGGACAGCAGUGAGAUGAUUUUCAAGUUUGAUGGCAGACAGGGUGCCAAGAUUCCAGAUGGGAUUGUGCCCAAGAAUUUGACAGACCAGUUCACCAUUACCAUGUGGAUGAAACAUGGUCCCAGCCCUGGUGUGAGAGCAGAGAAGGAAACCAUCCUCUGUAACUCAGACAAAACAGAAAUGAACCGGCAUCACUAUGCUCUCUACGUGCACAACUGCCGCCUGGUCUUCCUCUUGCGGAAGGACUUCGACCAGGCCGACACCUUCCGCCCUGCAGAGUUCCACUGGAAGCUGGACCAGAUUUGUGACAAAGAGUGGCAUUACUAUGUCAUCAAUGUGGAGUUUCCUGUGGUCACCCUAUACAUGGAUGGAGCAACAUAUGAACCAUACCUAGUGACCAACGAUUGGCCCAUUCACCCAUCUCACAUAGCCAUGCAACUUACUGUCGGCGCUUGUUGGCAAGGAGGAGAAGUCACCAAACCACGGUUUGCUCAGUUCUUCCAUGGCAGCCUGGCCAGUCUCACCAUCCGCCCUGGCAAAAUGGAAAGCCAGAAGGUGAUUUCCUGCUUGCAGGCCUGCAAGGAAGGGCUGGAUAUUAAUUCCUUGGAAAGCCUUGGGCAAGGAAUAAAGUAUCACUUCAACCCCUCUCAGUCCGUCCUUGUGAUGGAAGGUGAUGAUAUUGGGAACAUCAACCGAGCCCUCCAGAAGGUCUCCUACAUCAACUCCAGGCAGUUCCCAACGGCUGGCGUGCGGCGCCUCAGAGUCUCUUCCAAAGUCCAGUGCUUUGGGGAAGACGUGUGCAUCAGUAUCCCAGACUUGGAUGCCUUUGUGAUGGUUCUACAGGCCGUUGAGCCCCAGAUCACCCUCCAGGGCACAGAUCGCCUCUGGAGACCUGCAGCCCAGUUUGAAAGUGCCAGAGGAGUGGUCCUCUUCCCUGACAUCAAGAUCGUGAGCACCUUUGCCAAAGCACAGACACCUGGGGACAUGAAAACAACAGCCCCUAAACCAGCAAUCUUGGAGGAAAUGCUGCACAACUUAGACUUCUGUGACAUCUUGGUCCUUGGAGGUGACUUGGACCCCAGACAGGAGUGCUUAGAGCUCAACCACAGUGAACUCCACCAGCGACACCUAGAUGCUACCAACUCUACUGCAGGCUACUCCAUCUAUGGUGUGGGUUCCAUGAGCCGCUAUGAGCAGGUGUUGCAUCAUCUCCACUACCGCAACUGGCACCCGACUUCCCUUGAGGUCCGUCGGUUCCAGAUCAAGUGCUCAGAACUCAAUGGGCGCUACACUAGCAAUGAGUUCAAUUUGGAGGUCAGUGUCCUCCAUGAAGUCAGAGUCUCAGAUAAGGAGCACGUCAAUCACCUUAUUGUGCAGCCUCCCUUCCUCCAGUCUGUCCAUCACCCUGAGUCACGGAGCAUCCAACGCAGUUCAGUGGUCCCAAGCAUUGCCACAGUGGUCAUCAUCAUCUCUGUGUGCAUGCUAGUGUUUGUUGUGGCCAUGGGUGUUUACCGAGUCCGAAUCGCCCACCAGCACUUCAUCCAGGAGUCUGAAGCUGCCAAGGAGGCCGAAAUGGACUGGGAUGACUCUGCAUUGACUAUCACCGUCAACCCCAUGGAGAAACAUGAAGGAGCAGGAUGUGGGGAAGAUGAGACUGAAGGAGAGGAGGAGGAAGCAGAAGACAUAAGCUCCAGCAUCAAUAGCUCUGAUGACAGUGAAGAGGAGGAGGAAGAAGGGAUGGGCAGACAUGAGCAGAGUGGCGCCCGGCAAGCCCAGCUGGAGUGGGAUGACGCCACCCUCCGUUACUAGUGCCCACGGGCCUGCUGUCCAGCUCACGUGUCCCUUUUGUAAAGCCUGAUCCGAUGUAU